AAGGAACCCGUGAAAUCAAAAAGUAUUUCGAAGAAUGCGACAAGCUGCUCCUACUACAUGGUCCAUGGUGCACCGGGGGUUUACACGAUAUACAACACCGCAGGAAACAAGACGUACAACGUUCACUGCCAUUUCGACCAGAAAAAUCAAAAGAGUUGGACGAUGGUUACGUCAUUCGCGUUUUCAAACAAUCAACACUUGUCGAGCAGUCCAUUUUGGGUGGACAAACCGUACAACGAGGAGGCACCAAACUUUAAACUCUAUCGUAUGUCCUUGAAAAGGAUGAUGAAGGUACGAAAACUAGCUACUGAGUGGAGAUCAAUUUGCGCAUACAACGGAAAGAUGUCUGAUCGGUUGGACUCAGUCAGAGGAGAGUUUAAAGACCUCGAUCCAUUGAAGAACGUUAGGAUAGGCAGUUGUAAGCGAGUCAAGUACGUUAACAUCAGGGGAACUACGUGCAUUGAUUGUACUGCUAAAGUUUUUCAAACGGAGACACAGUUUUUUCAUAUUGACAGCGACAAGACAUGCACGCUUCCAUUUCCUCCUGAUGCUUCGACAAUCAGCGAGGAUAACUUUGGUUACUACCGAAAUGUCAACCCAAACUUUACUUGCACCAGUGACGGAGAAUCUACGACAAGCUGGUGGUUUGGGAAUUAAGUAAUACAAGUCUCACGGAUAGCAUAGCCGUACCUACGGGGAGUGGGAGGGUGUUUUUUAUUCAUAUACUCAUGCUCGCACAGAGAACUCUA